AGUGUCUGCGGUUCCAAAGACUCCUGGUCGUUGUCAGGGGGGCACCGCAGCGCCAAGGGGGAGUCAGUCCCUGGUAUAAAGUCGAGCCACCUUCCCUCUCUUGCUGAACGAGAUCUCUCGACCAGGCAUCACAGCUUCAGAUCCAGUUUUGCGCGUGUGUGUUCUUGCCCAGCAUGAAAUUCUCGCAGUCUGCCGCCGCCCUGGCGUUCGCCGCCACGGCCCUCGCUGCCCCGUCGCCGACGACUCCCCAGAAGCCCAGACAGGCGGGCGGCUGCUCGUCUGCCGUCACGCUCGACGCCAGCACCAACGUGUUCAAGAAAUACAAGCUGCACCCCAACAGUUUCUACCGCGCCGAGGUCGAGGCUGCCGUCGCGCAGAUCUCGGACUCGUCCCUGGCGUCGGCCGCCGCCCAGGUCGCCGACGUCGGCACCUUCCUGUGGCUCGACACCAUCGCCAACAUUGGCAAGCUGGAGCCCGCGCUCGCCGACGGCGUGCCCUGCGAGAACAUCCUGGGUCUCGUCAUCUACGACCUCCCGGGCCGUGACUGCGCCGCCAAGGCGUCCAACGGCGAGCUAAAGGUCGGCGAGCUCAGCCGGUACAAGACCGAGUACAUCGACAAGAUCGUCUCAAUCCUCAAGGCGCACCCCAACACGGCCUUUGUCCUCGUCAUCGAACCCGACUCGCUCCCCAACCUGGUCACCAACAGCAACCUGCAGACGUGCCAGAACAGCGCCUCGGGCUACCGCGACGGCGUUGCGUACGCGCUCCGGCAGCUCAACCUGCCCAACGUGGUCAUGUACCUCGAUGCUGGCCACGGCGGCUGGCUCGGCUGGGACGCCAACCUCAAGCCCGGCGCCGAGGAGCUCGCCAAGGCAUACAAGGCGGCCGGCUCGCCCAAGCAGUUCCGCGGUAUCUCGACCAACGUUGCCGGCUGGAACGCCUGGGACUUGACCCCCGGCGAGUUCUCGUCCGCGUCGGACGCCAAGUACAACCAGUGCCAGAACGAGAAGCUGUACGUCGAGAAGUUUGGCGCGGCGCUCCGGACGGCGGGCAUGCCCAACCACGCCAUCAUCGACACGGGCCGCAACGGCAAGCAAGGGCUGCGCCGGGAGUGGGGAAACUGGUGCAACGUCAACGGCGCCGGGUUCGGCCGCCGCCCGACGGCCGACACGGGCUUCGAGCUCGCCGACGCCUUUGUGUGGGUCAAGCCCGGCGGCGAGUCGGAUGGCACCAGCGACACCUCGGCCGUCCGCUACGACAGCUUCUGCGGCAAGGAGGACGCCUUCAAGCCCUCGCCCGAGGCCGGCCAGUGGAACCAGGCCUACUUUGAGAUGCUGCUCAAGAACGCCAACCCGGCUUUUUAAGGCUGCGGUUAAGCUGUGGGGGUGGUCCACGGAUGGGGAUGGGGAUGGCGAAAAAAGAUUGG